AUGACUGACGCUACCUUCCACACCACCAUCCAGGACCUUCGCAGGGCCGAGUCCAAGCUUUCCCAGUUGCAUGGUGGCAACCCCCCAGCGGACUCAAAUGUCUCUAGAAUGAAGUCUAUCAUCGACCAAAACUCCAACAAGUCCGCACAGAUUGACAAGGUCAAGGCCAACCUGCCUCUGCCUGAUCAACCCCCAGUUGCCAGUGACUGGAACUCCUUUGACCAGCGUAUUACUAGCAUUGGCUCUGGACGUUUAGAGUUCCCUCCUGAUAAUAGUGGCCUGCGUGGGAGUGCGCCUGUCGGCAGUAGUGCUAGCGAGCUUGGACUCUAG